GGGCAAAGCUGCAAUUGGCGGCAAGCAUCAUGUCCGAAGAUACAGCCCAACACUACGUAGCGCGAGAGUUCUGAAUCUUUUGUCGGCGCAUGAUGCCAUGAUCAUCACCCCACCAUGGCUGGAUGCAAAGCGCCGAGUGACCCCUCGAGAGAGGGCUCCAGCAAAGCUGCAGGAGGGUGUGCAGUUGCCAGUGGGCGUGGAGCAGGAACUUCGCGAAAGCAUCGAGCGGAAGAAAAUGACCGCUCGCUGGGCCGCAAAAGAUCUCAGGCUUUGUCACGCUGACACAAAAGGUGCAAAAACCGCAGCAAGAGUUAACGCCGAAGCAGUGGCCCUCCGCCCUUCCUCAGCAGUCCUUACUCAACCAGAAAGCUUGGCAACGCCUCAAAGGAGUGCAAUGCCACCACGGGGUUCCCUGCCUCUAGCUCAACUGUCUCAUCGCUUGGAGCUUUGCCUGGGACAUAAGGUCAUCAGCGAAAGUGCUGCUGAGCCGAUUGCCUUGCCAAUUUCUGCCCGCAGCAGGAACAUGCAAAAAAGCGUAGCAACCCACGCUAAAGCCAUUGGAAUCAAGGAGGUUGGGGACCUCAUAGGCUCUGUGAGAUGCGCAGAGAUGCCAGAUGGUAGCAAGGAAGAGUUGAAGAGCACCUGGGAAGUCUGGCUGAAGGACCAUUUGGGCAAUGGCGGCGAGAUCCCUGUAGGGAAUCUACCGGAAAAUGCUCCUGGUGCUGACCCUCGGUGGAGAAGCAAAGGUGCCCAGGCAAAACCAUCCCUGAACCUCGGGGGCGUUGCAGGCAUUGCCUCACAAGCAGAGGCGAUGGAUGCUGUGAGGCAGGCAGUGGAGGAGAAUCCGAUCGUUCUGUUUAUGAAAGGCACCCCCGCUAUGCCCCAGUGCGGUUUUAGCGCGCGAACCUCUGGCCUGCUGCGAGAGAUAGGCGUGCCCUUCGAGACUGUGAAUGUUUUGGAUGAGGCAAACAACCCUGGCGUGCGGGAGGCCGUGAAAGAGUUCGGCCAGUGGCCCACGAUCCCACAGCUCUACGUUGCAGGGCAGCUGGUCGGAGGCGCGGACAUUGUCAUGGAGAUGUACCAGCAGGGUGAGUUGGAGCAGAUGCUGGUCAUGGCCAAUGAGGGCGCUGGAGCAACAGGGGACGCGAAGGGCAAGUCUUCCUCUUCGGCAGAAUAUGCUACAGGCAACGUCAAACUCAUCGACGACCCAAACAGGCCAACGGCCACUGAUCUUUGCAGAGCCCUAGACAAGAGCUUCGCCCUUGUGGACUUGAAGGUAGUGGACGAAUCAGCUGCUCACGAGGGCGACGCUGGAGCAUUGGAGAUGGGCUUAACCAGCGAAUCUCACUUCAGCGUCACCAUCGUCUCGCCUGACUUUGCUUCUUUGACCCGGGUGCAGAGACAGCAGAAAGUCUACGAGGCGUUGGGGGGCGUGAUGCCUCGCAUCCACGCGCUGUCGCUCGUGACUCGCACGCCUGAAGAAACUGAUGAUGACGGGCAGUAGUCUGGCCGGGGCGAAGCCCAGUGCCUGUGGAACUUGAUCUGCUCACGGCUCACAGAAUUGAAGCCUGUUGGACAUUGAAAUUGUUUCUGGGCAGCUUGAUCAACGUUCCGCUUCAAGACCCAAUUCUGGCUUGAAAAGAUUUGUCGCAGGCGUUAUUUUAGGAUGAGGUGAUUUUCUUCAGCAUUGAGCUGUCGGCCCUUUUCCUGGAUAGGAAGCGCCAACACCAGAGCACAAAUGUCAGAGAUCUGAAGGGUCUACUACCCCAACCCAAACAGGAUUGCAAGCCACAAAACCGUGGAACUUUGUUUCAGGUUGAAAAUAAAGCCACUCGACGACUUCGGCGCACGGUUGUUUUGAGGGGGGGUGGAAAUACAAUCCCCACCCCCUUAGCCUAGGAAAAUGGGGCGGGCGUCAAAAAAAUGUAAGUUACAUUUUCGGGGGGUGGUUAAAUGUAUGUUAAGCCAGGUACCCCCCCCACAAAAUAAGGUCCAUCGUGCGAUGAUAACCCCUUGGGAUUUUGUGGGGAAUCCUCUCGGUCCGCCAGUGUGCGGAUAGUGACUCUUGAG